AUGAUCAUUAGAUCGGGAAGCGCACCUUCCAGUAGGGUUACAGAUAAGCUAGAUGAUGUCAAUAGAGGACCUACAAUAAAAGAUUUUAUUAAUGAAAUCAGAUCGUUACCACCUGAACAAAAAAUGGCUCAAAUCGGAAUUGAGCGACAAGUACUUGGUAUUCCGGAAAAUUCAACGUUUGAUGGAAGAUCCUUUUUUUCAGAUAAUGCUUUCGCUAUCCUAGAUCCAUCAAAAACUCCGAAAGAUUGGCUUGAUUUUAUUAACGUUUCACCCAUAGCUUCUGUCAUACCAAAAAUGCCCGAUGAAACUCUAUUCUUUAUGUUUUAUGCUCAACCGCAUGAUAUUGUUCAAGAAAUUGCAGCACAAGAAUUAAUUAAGCGGGGAUGGAAAUAUUCCUCCAAAACAAUGAUGUGGUCAAUACAAAAACGCGAAGGGUUCUUCAGUUUUGACAUUAAAAACUGGUCAAUUAAAGAAAUACCAACAUCACAAUCCAAUCCUUAA